ACAUUUCUCGCUGACAAAAAUUAUUUUAACAAAUUUUGUUUUCCGACCGAUUUGCAAGAAGUUUUCUUAUUUUUAAAAAUUGUUUAUAAUUUAUUUCUUCUGGGUGAUUGUAUAAAUGAUCAAAAGAAUAAUGACUGACGUUGAUGUUAAAGCUGGAAUAAAUCUAAUUUUGAAAAAAAUCGAUGAAACAUACGCUAAUCGAUCCAAGGAAAUCACCUCACCAAAACCUCUUCUAGUUGCUGUGAGUAAAACAAAACCAUCACAAAUGAUAAUCGAAGCAUAUUCAACUGGUCAAAGGCAUUUCGGUGAAAACUAUGUUCAAGAAUUGAUCGAAAAAGGAGCAGACACAGAAAUUCAAUCUCAGUGUCCAGAUAUUCGUUGGCAUUUUAUUGGUCAUUUGCAGAAAAAUAAAAUAAAUAAAAUUGUAAAUACACCAAACUUGUAUAUGAUUGAGACAGUAGACAGCCAGAAAAUUGCAGAUUCAUUAAACUCCGCCUUGGAAAGAAUUCAAAGAGAUGACAAACAACCUUUGCGAGUGUUGGUCCAAAUCAAUACGAGUGGAGAAGAAGAAAAAAAUGGUGUUCCUCCUACAGAAGCGGUCGGUCUCUACAAACACAUAUCGGAAAAUCUGAAGAAUCUCAAAGUAGAUGGUCUAAUGACUAUUGGUCGAUUUGGUCAUGACUACUCUACCGGACCAAAUCCAGAUUUUAUAGUUAUGAUGGAAUGUCAUCGAAAAGUAUGCGAAGAACUAAAUCUUGAACCAUCGUCUGUUCAAGUUUCUAUGGGAAUGUCUGAUGAUUUCGACAAAGCAAUUGAAAUGGGCAGCACAAUCGUUCGUGUUGGAAGUUCUAUUUUUGGAUACCGCGCGAAGAAGAAUGCCGCAUAAAAAAUCUGUAGAUGAUGUGUAACGAUAGCCCCCGAUAGCUAAAGAAGAGAUGCACAAUAUCUACAAAUAGAAGAAGAUAACAUUUUGUUAUUAGUUUAAAAAUUUUUAUUUUUAAGCAAAACAUUCAGCUUCACUUUUGUUUUGUAGAAAGAUUCCUAUAUUAUUGUUGUAAUUAUUAAAAUAGUUAUAUGAAUGAUUUUUAAAAUAUGAAUGUUAUCGACUGUUAUUGUGGAAUUACAAUAAUUUUAUCUUCCAUGGAUUUUUUAU